AACACGGUAUGACGGGAUUUGGGAUUCUUAGUUGACUGUCCUUAGACUCCAGCACAGUAGGUGGCGCUGUAUGAAUUUCACAGUCGGAUAUAAGUAAUUAAUCUAACAGAAGAAGAACUAAGAAGAAGGACACAGAUCAAGCCCAAGUGUUGAAGGUGACACCGAGCAAUCGAGAAGAUGUCUGACGUUAUCGAGGAGAAGAUUAAGAACUACAGGACGGCUCCUUUCGAUGCCCGUUUCCCUAACACCAACCAGACCCGCAACUGUUUUCAAAACUACUUGGACUUCCACAGGUGCAACAAGGCUCUGUCAGACAAAGGUCAGGAUGUAGCCCCCUGUGACUGGUACCAGAGAGUCUACAAGAGUCUGUGCCCCAUGAGCUGGGUCUCCAAGUGGGACGAUCAGAUUGGGGACGGGAGCUUCGCUGGAAGGAUCUAAUAUGGCAGCCCUUCGGUGUACGGCUUCAGGACAUUCAACUAACUAUACUUUGGCGUGCUUAAGAACAUUUGAAAACCAUGUACCACACCAUUAUAAAUGUUAGUUAACUAUGUUAAUAAUGUUUCUAAUGUUACAUAAUAUAAAGACUUAAUAAAAACACGCACAAGUUUUUAUUCAGCCAAAGACUG